AUGGCGAUAUACUCAUUUUUUAUAUAUGACCGUCACUGUAACUGCAUAUACAAUCGCGAAUACAUACACUCACCAACCUCAACCUCAUCAUCUUCAUCAUCUGUUACCACAUCACAAGACAAAGCCGAUGGCCACAUAAACAAAAAUAACGACGCUGAUAACUCAAAGUUACUUUUUGGUAUUCUAUAUUCCCUCAAGACAAUAGCUACAAAACUAGUAUUGGACGAUUCUUCCCUCAAUGAGUUGAAACAGAUGACAAUUGGACAAUUUCGAAUUCAUUUUUGGGAAUCAUUGACAAGAUUCAAAUUUGUGAUAAUUAGUGAUUUACAAGUUCAAUCAUUACAACAUGAAUUGUGGCAGUUGUACUCUCAAUUUUUCAUUAAAUAUGUUGUUGAAAAUGCAUUACUGCCGGUUGAAUUCAAAUGGAAAGAUGACGAUACGUUACGAGAGAAUGAAAUAUAUGGGAAGAUACAUAAUGAUAGGUUUAUUCAAGAAACUGACAAGUAUAUAAAGUCGUUGCCCAUAUUUUGA